AUGACUACUCUACGCGAACGACAACUCAAUGCUCUAAAGCAAAUGUUAAAUUUAAAUGAACCACUGACUAAAGCUGUUGCCAAUGAACCUGUAUGGAAAGUACUUGUGUAUGACAGAGUGGGACAAGAUAUCAUUUCACCCCUAAUAUCUAUAAAGGAACUUCGAGAAUUGGGAGUUACACUACAUGUACAACUACACUCAGAUCGGGAUCAGAUACCUGAAGUGCCUGCCGUCUACUUCUGUGCACCAUCAGAAGAGAAUCUUGGAAGGAUUUGCCAGGACUUAGAUAAUGGUGUCUAUGACCAAUACCAUUUGAACUUUAUAUCUCCCAUAACAAGACAAAAAUUAGAAGAUCUGGCUGCUUCUGCCAUUCAGUCUAAUUCAGUUAUGAGCAUACACAAGUUAUAUGACCAAUAUUUGAAUUUCAUUUGUUUAGAAGAUGAUCUGUUCAUUAUGAAGCAUCAGCAAUCUGAUUCUUUAUCCUACUAUGCCAUCAACAAAGGUGAUACAAAGGACACUGAAAUGGAAGCCAUUAUGGAUGAUAUAGUAGAGAGUUUGUUCUCAGUUUUUGUAACACUUGGCACUGUACCAAUAAUUAGAAGUAGCAAAGGCAAUGCAGCAGAAAUGGUUGCUAAGAAACUAGAUAAAAAGCUAAGGGAAAACCUUUGGGAUGCAAGGAAUAACUUGUUCCAUGGCAACACAGGGCAAGGAGGUGCAUUCAGUUUUAGUAGGCCUAUGUUAAUUUUAUUGGAUAGAAAUAUUGAUAUGGCGACACCACUACAUCAUACUUGGACAUACCAGGCUUUGGCUCAUGAUGUGCUGGACUUAACAUUGAAUAGAGCAGUCGUACCGGAAAAUUCAGGACCAGCAUUACCAGGGCAGAAGAUAAAGACGCGAACGUGCGAUUUGGACUCGAAAGAUCCUUUAUGGAACGAACAUAAGAGCAGUCCUUUUCCCACCGUGGCUGAAGCUAUACAAGAAGACUUAGAUAAAUAUAGGAGUUCUGAAGCAGAGGUUAAAAAACUAAAGAGUUCCAUGGGUCUGGAUGCAGACAGCGAUUUGGCUCUUAGUCUAGUGAGUGAUAACACUCAGAGGUUGACCAGCGCUGUCAACUCCCUGCCUCAGCUUAUGGAGAAGAAACGGCUCAUUGACAUGCAUACUACUAUCGCAACGGCUAUCCUAAACGCCAUAAAAUCUCGCCGCCUUGACUCAUUCUUCGAAUUGGAAGAGAAGAUAAUGAGCAAAAGUAGCGCAGUCGAGAGCAAAGCUGUGCUAGACCUAAUAGCUGAUGAAGAAGCUGGCACGGCGGAAGACAAGAUGCGCCUAUUCAUCAUUUAUUAUCUGUGCACGUCGCAGAUAAGCGAAGAUGAGUAUAAGAAGUUUGAGGGUGCAUUAGUUGCUGCCAACUGCGAUAUACAGUCUAUGGCGUAUAUGAAACGACUAAAGAGCUUCACAAAAAUGUCAAGUCAGUACGAAGGGGGCGGGACCAAAACAGUCUCUAUGUUCUCAAAGCUUGUGUCACAGGGUUCUUCGUUCGUUAUGGAAGGUGUCAAGAAUUUGGUCGUUAAGAAACACAAGCUGCCAGUCAGCCGCACAGUGGAAGCAGCGUUAAGCGGCGCGAGCGAUACUGAGUUGACUUGGCUCGAUCCGAGAACGACGCGGACGGACGCAGCUGCGCGUACGCGGGCCAGUCGCCACGCCCCGCCCAACGAUGCCAUUGUGUUUAUAGUCGGCGGCGGCAGUUACAUCGAGUAUCAUAACCUUAUUGAUUUCGCUAAGCAACAAGCAACCAGCGGCGUCACGAGAAAAAUAAUUUACGGAUCAACGACACUACCUAAUGCUUCACAAUUUCUGAAGCAAUUAUCACUUCUGGGUGAAGAACUUCAGUGA